UGUGUGGGUGGUGGGGAGGGGACGCCGGAGACAUUAAAUGUCCUGGGCUGGCGGGGAGGAGGCCAGACCCGGUGGGGACGAGACCCGGGGCCCGCUAUGCAAAUGUUCCCGGUGCUGCUGCUCCUGUCUGGUGCGGGAAUCAGGCCGGCAGAGGCCAACAGCAGGAAGGGCCCGGCCGCGUGGCCUUGGCAGGCAAGCAUCUUCCUGGAUGCCCGUUACCGCUGCGAGGGGGCCCUCAUCUCCCAAGAGUGGGUGCUCGCAGGAGCCAGCUGCUUUGGCAGCGGGCCUCGGUCCCAGUUCAGAGUGACCCUGGGCCCAGACCGCCUGGUGCUGGACAGUUGCAAGAGCAUUUCCCGUGUGGAGGAGCUGCUCCCGUCCCCAGGAGGGAGUGAGGGCUCUGCGUCCGGUGGCCUGGCCCUGGCUCGACUGGCAAGGCCACCACCUCUCAGCAGCGCCGUGCAGCCGGUCCCUCUGGCCACCCGGCCCCAACCUUUCCUCCCGCGGCUGCUCUGCUGGGCCCAAGGGUUUGAGGCUGAUAUCGAUCCCUACAUCCCACCCCGAGAGCUGCACAGUGUCCCGCUGAGACCACUGCAUAUCCACACCUGCAAAGAUGCCUUUCGCCUCCACCCUGACUGUCCUGACCCGGAGGCCAGCCUGCCUGAGGGCUCCCAGUGCACCAAGCCCCCCACCGGCCCCUCUGAACUGGUGGUGUCUGAUGGGAGCCCCCUGGUCUGCUUCCAAGCUAACAGCUGGCUGCUACAGGGGGUGAUCACCUGGGGUCCCUGCUGGGGGCCUGGCCUCCCAGAAGUCUACAGGCCUGUGCAUCCCUUCAUUUCCUGGAUCAGAGAUAAGGUCUCUAAUGCCACUUUUCCCACCCUGGCCAAGAAGCGUCCUUGGGCCCGGCCUGGGACCAGACAGAGGAGGCAGUGAGGAUCUUUAGCCUGUGAAGUCCUGGGUUUGAACCCUGAUCCGGCUACUUACCUGCCGCUGUGACUGUUCCCAGCAAACUCCCCUCUCUGGAUCUGCUUCCUCUUUGAGUAAUUGAGAUGUAUUCACAAUUAUUCCUUCGUCCAACAAUGUUACCAGUGUUUCCUAUGUGCCAGGCAACCAAGACACAGGAUCAACGGGGCCCCUGGUCUCAGGCAACAGGCGGGCUUGUCUAGAGGAGGGGAGGCAAGCAAUAGCCCGAGUCAUGACAGUAAUAAAUGUGCAAAUACAAACCACA